CCGUAGCGCGUUUGACUCGCGUAUUGGAGGUGUUUGGCCGUGGUGAGCCCGUAGGCAGCCCCGUCGAUUAAGGUGCGCGGGAGGGAGAGAGACGUAGCCAAGAGGUGAGAGGGCGCGCGACCACGAACGGCGGGGCCGCCUGGAACUAGGCAGGCAGGUAUCGGCCGGGCCGCACGUCGCCCCGUGUUAACGCUAUCCCAGCCACUGGAUUCUGUUGCCGCUGUCGCUGCCCCCCUCCCGGCGCCGCUGCACUUGGGCGCGUCGCGGCGAGUAAAUUGGUAGAGUCGUGAAUCGGUGCGCGGCAGUCGUGAGUCCCACGCAUCACGGGAGUACGUCAAGGCCGCGGCGCUCGAGCAUUCGCGGGGCGAGGCAGGUGUCCCUGGACUUCAAGCCAACCUUCAAACAAACGAGGAGCGGCGACGGCGGCAUGAAGCAAAUGGGCGUCAUCAUCCUUGUCCUCUGCGUCGUGCACCUAGUGCAUUCCCAGAGGACACCCACGAUAUCUUACAUAUCUCAAGAGCAAAUUAAAAACAUUGGAGGUACCGUUGAAUUUGUCUGUUCGGUUCAGUAUAGUCAAGAUUAUCCAGUAUUGUGGAUAAAAGUUAAUAAAAAUAGAGAGGACCAACUACCUAUUUCGACCAAUACGGCCCUCAUUAUUCGAGACAGUAGAUUUGCUCUAAGAUCAGAUCCUUCGUCGUCUACUUAUACACUACAGAUCAAAGAUAUCCAAGAGACGGAUGCAGGCUUUUAUGCGUGCCAAAUCUUGAUUUCCACUCAUACUAAAAUAUCGGCCGAAGUGGAACUUCAAGUUCGUAGACCGCCGAUUAUUAGCGAUAAUUCUACUCGAUCGCUCGUUGUCAGCGAAGGACAACCCAUACAACUAGAGUGUUACGCUGGUGGCUUUCCUGUUCCUAGAAUUUCAUGGCGUCGAGAAAACAAUGCUAUCUUACCAACUGGCGGAUCAAUUUAUCGAGGUAAUACAUUGAAGAUUGCAUCGGUACACAAAGAAGACAGAGGAACGUACUAUUGCGUCGCUGAAAAUGGAGUUGGCCGUGGAGCACGACGAAACAUCAAUUUGGAAAUUGAAUUUGCACCGGUCAUUACCGCUCCACGUCCACGCCUCGGUCAAGCUCUGCAGUACGAUAUGGACCUGGAAUGUCACGUAGAAGCUUAUCCACCACCUGCUAUCACUUGGCACAAAGACGAGGUUCAAUUGUCUAACAAUCAGCACUACAGCAUAUCUCACUUUGCUACAGCCGACGAGUACACCGACACCACCCUUCGAGUAAUCACCAUUGAAAAGAAACAAUACGGAGAGUACGUUUGCAAAGCUGCUAACAAGUUUGGUACAGCUGAAACUAGAGUCGAACUAUUUGAAACUAUUAUACCAGUAUGCCCGCCCGCUUGUGGUCAAGCAUACUAUGCAGCUGGAGUAGUUCCAAUAUCUUCUGGGCCAUUGGUGGCCACUGCCUUAUUAAUAGCCUCGAUUCUAAGAAGUCUCAAUACCAAACAUUAAUUAUCCAGGAUUAUUGUGGGGAGCAGGCCAACGUCAUUUGGUUUCGGAAUGGCUGUUAAUCGUCUCUAUAAGCGCCACCAUUCUUAGGAAGUGUAAUAUUUAAAUUUCCAGUUGCUUUGAUGAGACUUGAGAGAAUAACAAAGCAUAAAAUACGGUUUGAUCAAAGUAGAAUCAAACUUACUAUAAAUUCCCUCCAAGGUUGAAUCUUGUAUGAUUCACCAAUUUCAUAUUAUAGUAUCUCAAGGAACAAGAUUUUAGAGCAAAUAGGAUCGCAUAGCUGACAAUUUUAUAAUAAUUGCGUUAAGCGCUAAGUCGAUAUAACGAGCAA